CAAGACUCCGUGAAUUCCCAUUGGAAACUUCACCAGCUUUUCCUUAGCUAUAUUUUGGAGUACUAUUUAGCAGUUGAAAGUAGGCAUUUUAAUGUCAUCUUAAGUUUUGUGAUGGGCAGUGGCCUAUUAUUUUCUUUGCUUUCUCUUGUUGAAUUUUUAUCCAGUUAUUCAUGGCAAACUUUCGCUGCUCCAUUGAGAUGGAGCCUAAGACAUUGAAUCAAGGUCAACUUAACCUCGCUCGAGAAGUUGCUGUUGACAUAGUGCAGAAUACAGAAUCGGACGAAGCAUCAAAUAUAUUUGUAGAGGGAAGAAAGGCAGUUAUUGAAAUAAAGAAGGCGCUAAUGCUAAUUGAGGAAGCACAUUUAGUCGAAAACUGCAAAGAAGAACAAGUAACGAAGACAAACGUGGUGAUAGAGGCAUCUUGCCAAUGCUCGUGUCCUUCAGCAAUAAUUGACUCGCCUGAUCAAUCUAAGCUUAAGGAACCACUCUCUGCUCCCUUUUGAAACUUCACUACAACAAUACUUACGCCUCAAUCCCAAACAAAUUAGAGUCACUAGCUAUCUCGAAAUAAAAAUGCAACAUUUUAAUUUGCUGCACAUAUAUCAGCUUCUCUUUGCUUUUACCAGUACUGUAACGUUUUUUUUGAUCCGUUCCGUUGGCAUUCAAGUGUUCACAGUAUAUUUUGGAUUUUAGCUUUGUUCACUAACAAUGUAUAAGAUGAUUAUAAAAUUUAUAUUCCAUUGCCUCAA